AUGGAUAGAGAAGAACCUGACAUUGAAAGUGUUGCCUCAGAUGCAAUAGAAAACGAGAGUCAUCCUCAAAAUCCAGAAAGCAUAAGACAAGAAAAAUCACCAGUUCAACGGACUGAUUCGAAGGCCACUGCCGAUUACAGCGAUCCUGAACAGCGCCCUCCUAUUUUUAAGUCUGCCGUUCAUGAAAUCGUGAGUUGCGUGUGUUUGACGUUUGCCCCUUGCGCGGCGUCUAUGUCUUCAGCCGCUUACCAGACCAGCUUAACCGCGACCUCCGAACACUUUAAGAUUUCAGGAGGACAGCUGACCUGGUGUGUCUCGGGGGUCAUGUUGGCGAAUGGUAGCUGCUUACUUUUGAUGGGAAACAUUGCAGACGCAUUUGGUCGCAAAAAAGCAUUAUUAUUUGGAUAUACCUCGUUUGCAAUUUUUGCUUUGAUAGGAGGCUUCAUGAAUGACUUUAUUUUGCUUUGUGUCUUCAGAGCAUUACAAGGUGCAGCAGUUGCUUGUGGAACACCAGCAGCUGCAGGAUUUCUUGGUGCGACCUACAGAGAUUCACGGCGAAAAAAUUUGGUAAUGAGUUGUUUCAGUAUUGGAGCCCCCAUAGGAGGUGCAUCAGGAUACUUUAUCGCAGGAGUUUGUGUUUCCAUUUUCAACUGGCGCUCAGUUCAUUAUUUUCUGGCAAUCCUAUACUGUAUAACAAGUAUCGGGGUGCUCUUGUUCUUGCCUAAUGACAAAAGAAUUGAUUGGAAGCACGCCAAGAAGAUUUUCAAACGGCUGGAUUACUUAGGUGCGUUAAUGUCUUUAUCAGGAUUCACUUUGAUUUGUUUUUCAUUGACACAGGUAGAUGCGACAGAAAGAAGAUGGCGAACUCCCUACAUUAUUGCCCUCUUGAUUGUUGGAAUUGCGCUCGUGAUAGGAUUUGGUUUCUACGAGACAUAUGUGCCAAAAAACCCACUUAUUCCAAUGAAGAUGUUCAAAAGCAGGAACUUUGUUUUGUGCAUUUGCAUUGCAAGUUUGAGUUGGAUGUUAUUCUUUGGUAUUUUCAACUAUAACGCUGUCCUGUACUUUGAGCAGAUACGAAAAUACUCAGUCAUUAUCACAGCUUGCUGUUUCCUUCCACAGCCAAUAGCUGGCUCAUUGGUCAGCUUGUUUGCCGGGUUCACUAUGCAUAUCAUUCCAGGAAAAUAUUUGGUUACACUAGGAUGCGGUGGUUUUAUUGUUUCCAGUAUUAUUUGGGCUACCAACAGUAUUCAUAGAAAUUAUUUUCUGGGGCCUUUUUGGUCAUUUUGUGUCACCGUCUUGGGAGUGGAUUUUGUGUACAAUGUUGCAAACCGUUGCUCCCUUUCGUCAGUUGAGCGCUCACUACAAAGUCAAGCAGCGGGUACUUUUAAUACUGUGAUCCAAUUGAGCUCUUCCGUGGGUUUGGGAAUAUCCACCACUAUUUUGGCUUCCAGAGACCCAUACUAUGGGCAAGCCAGCCAGGCUGACCAUCUAGAAGAACUUUUUGAGGGAAUGAAAUACUGUUACUACGUGGGAAUUGGCUUUUCGGGCUUGGCGUUAAUUUUGAGUUUAUUCCUCGAUAUCGGAGUUGUGGGAAGUGUCAAGCGAUAA